AUGUCCGCUACUUCUUCCCGACCGGAAGCCCAGAUGCUGCCCACACCACCACUCGCCGCACUCUCCAAAGCCGCCGCCGCCCGCCGCGCCGCCACGGCCGGUGCGAGUGUUGCCGCUCAGCACCUCCUCCUCCCCUUUAUCAGCUCGCCAAUCCUCGAGUCCGCUACCCCUAGCCCUUUCAUCCCUCGACGUCGCAUCCGCCUCAUGCCGCAGGCGCAGGGCGACAGGGCCCCGCGCGCUCCCCUGCCGCCGCACGGCAGGUGUUUCGCCGUGGCCGCUGCGGGAACUGCAGGCGUAGAAGGCGAGGUUCCAGCGCUGCUAGUGGUGUCGUUCUACAGGUUCGCCGACUUGCCCGACCACGCCGACUUGCGGCGACCGCUCAGGGAGCUCUGCGAGGAGCUGCGUAUCUCAGGUGGCAUUAUUCUUGCACCAGAGGGGAUCAAUGGUAGUAUAUGUGGAACCCCAGAAGCUGUGGAGCAAGUCUUGAACUAUAUCCAAACAGACAAUCGUCUUAAAGGAUUGAGAAUGAUCCAAUCACCUGUUACUCCAGAGGAUGAGGCUAUCCAUCAUGGUCAUACCAGUCAUUCUCCUGUCGGUGCUGGGGAAGAUGCACCGUUCCGAUGGGAUCAUGUCCGUGUGAAAUUGAAAAAGGAGAUAGUGACCUUUGGAGACCCAGAUGUGAUGCCAACGAAAAUUGUUGGAAAGUAUGUCAAACCAAAAGACUGGAAUUCAUUGAUAAGCGAUCCAGAUACUGUUGUCAUUGAUGUGCGUAACAUGUAUGAGAUACGUAUAGGAAAAUUUAAGAAAGCUGUUGAUCCAUGUACUAAGUCAUUCAGAGAUUUUGCAUCUUGGGUUGAAAAUCAGUUCAAGUUGGCUGAACCUGACAGUCAGCAGUCAGUACAUGGUGACAGUGGAACUAAUUUAUCGGCAGUAGGUCUGAAUUCCAGCAAACCGAAAGAGCUACCACGAGUUGCCAUGUAUUGCACAGGCGGUAUUAGAUGUGAAAAGGCCUCAAGUUUUCUCCUCAGCAAGGGCUUCAAAGAGGUUUACCAUUUGGAGGGUGGGAUCUUAAAGUACCUAGAGGAAAUCCCGAAGGCUGAAAGCUUGUGGGAGGGCGAAUGCUUUGUAUUUGACAAACGAGUCUCAGUGGAGCAUGGAUUAGCCCAAGGAACCCACAAACUUUGCUAUGGAUGUAAGCAACCAGUGAGCGACGAAGAUAUUAAAUCUCCUGAAUGGGAGUACGCUAUCUCAUGCCCAUACUGUUUCGCGACAAAAUCCGAGGACGAGAAGGAAAGGGCAAGGGCUCGGCAGCGGCAAUUUGAGACCUGGGGAGUUAUUGGUGGACCUGAUAAAGGCAGGAGCCCCCAAAGGCCUGAAGCUAAUCAUGCAGUUGAGGAGGCUAAACAGUUGCCGAACUCAAUACAACCUGAAACGGCUGGCUGAUUUUUGUUUGAUGUGGUGUCAACAAAGCGAGAUUAUUUGAUUUGCUGUUUCUUAUUUUCUAUUGCUACUUUUUUCUGUUCUCGGAUCUAGACAGAAGGCGCACCAUGGGAUGACAUACUCGAGCUUGAAAUAUUGAUGGCAAAGGCUGGUGUUUGUACCAUGUAGUUGUAUUUUUUUGGCAACUAUGUAGUUGUAAAUUGUACUCCCUCCGAUACUUGAUAAGUGUGUACAAAGUUGUACAACUUUUGUACUAAAUCCAAGACACUAACAAUAUUAAGGAUCGGAGGGGGUACUGAUUUUACUAUUAUGAGCUACAACAUCGUUUCCUCCAAUACUGUGCGAAGAGGUUAUGUGAAAUCUACUCGUGUGUUUAUGUACCAUGGUUAUGAAAAAGGGUUAAUUGGUUA